AUGAGUACCAUUGGCAAUGCUAGCUAUAUUACCCUUCCCGCCCUCCCCCAUAUCAUCACCGAGUGGUCCGCUCUGGUGCCGCUGAUCGUGCACCUCGCCAGCUCACACGACGAGUUCCAGGUCAUAGGCGACGCGUGUCUCCGGGGGAAAAUCUGCCUCGAUCUCAUGCCCAAGCUCGGCCAGCUCAAGGGUGUGGCCAGACUGCUCUUGCUAGGAUCGGCUGUGCUCGACCAGACAAGCAGCGCAGGUGUCGCAGGGUCGACCACCGUGUGGGAUGUCUCCUGGGGCAGCGUGUUCCAGUGCGCCAACGGUGCCGCGCGAGAGCUGCUCACUGCACACGCCUUCCGAGGGAAGACCGAGAUCAUCGAUGUUGAGACCACGGCACCAGAGCAGACUGGCAAUGGGGGAGGACAUCAGCCACAGCCAAAGGUGGACGGAAAGCCUCCGACGAAAACGUCCAUGCCCAAGAACGUCGCCUUCUGCAGACCGCAGGUACUGCACCUUGUCGAGUUGCGCUUCAACAAGGCUUCCGCGGGCAGCAAACGCACUGCCACAUCCAGUCUCUUAGAGCGACUGUGCACUGUAUCCGGCCAUGUUCUCGUCACCGCACUCGCAGGGUUGCUGGCGCUGUGCGGUGCCUAUGGGACAUGUGCCCUCCUCCUGCUAUCCUGCAUCAAUGCGCUGAUCAACCAUCGCCUCCCCUUUCAUCGGCCGCCGGGAUACCUCGACAACAACGAAACGUAUGAUGCCGCCUGUAUGCUGGUGGCGCCACACGACAAUGCGUCGACCUGGCAUCUCUACCGCGGCGACCGCGCCAUCAUCGACAGGCUGCUUAACAAGCCCAUGUUGGCCAUCACCACGGAGCGGUCUUGCAGAUGGCUCUUCUGGUAUUUCCAGCUCACGCACUACCUCCAGCUGUUGGCCAUGACAUACGUAGCCGCCCAGAAGGGCUGGGACGGUUUGUUGUUGCUCGUCUUCAUGGUCAUCUCGCGGCUAGCUCGUUCCGAGGCAGCAGCGUUUAUGAUGCCCUGGUCUUCGCGAGCCCAAGGAGCCGCUGCCACUUGGCUUCAAGAAAACAAUAUCGAAGUCCAGACGAACACGUUCCGCAUGGCGGGCCGCACGCAGAUGAUUGGCGCAAUCGACUUGAUCAAUAGCAUGGACCAGAAUAAGUACUCAUCCUUGUCCUCGUCGCCAUUGUUAUCAACAUCAUCUCCUUCUCCUUGUCCGCCCGGACAACAUACUGACACGGGCAGCCCCGGGUAUAGUACUUCCUCUUCCACAAGCUCUCAUACCUUGAACUUUAGGAAUCGAAGUCUACGCGCAAACUGGAUGGAUAGCAUCAUUGCCCACUCGCCACGUCGCGAACAAUGGCUGGAGCGCUUGAGUUCGACUAUGAUGGCACAGAUGCAGCAGCUCAGCCAUUCCACAGUGACAGAUGGAAAUAGACCUGUGAACAUACCGACGCUCGAUGCGAACCUUGUACAGCAAGUGAGCAAUCCCAGUCCCAAGGGAGCAGAUACCGAGCAACCAAGCGCGGAUGACAACGAACUCCCCGUAACCGCUGAUAGACCUAGCUGCGAGCCGGCGAGUAUGUCCUCCCAAACGAACAAGGCGCAAGAGCAGCUAGGAGCCUCGAUAUCUGGGGCAGAGCCACAAUCAGUCAAUGCCGAUGACGUUGACAAGUCAUCACUUCCGAAAGCCGGAGGAAAUGCUGCCGCUGAUAUUGGAAUCUCUUCGAGUCUGAAUCCGAGAGACGUAAGAUGGGUAGAUCAGAACACUCUGUGGGCGUGGGAGACGGCACGGUGCAUAAUCCAGUCUUGCGCUGCGGCUUCUUCUGUUACGCCAACUUCCUCGCAGAGGCUGAGAAGUGCACGGAUAACCGCCGUUCAAGCAUAA